GUUUAUUCAUAAAUCUGGUCCUUCACCACCACGUGCGUAUUGUAUUUGUUGCCCAAAUAACCAAUAGCAAUGUUUUAGGAAAGUUACCUAUCCGUGACUCGAACAAUAGGGUAAAUUAGAAAUUGCUAUUUGUGGAUUUAGCAAAAAUACAAUACACACGUGACGGUGAAGGACCGUAUUUAUGAAUAAACGUUGACUAACAUAGAUAAUGAGUUGUAUUGUUAUUCUAACGAGUUUACAAACCAUCUAUUCUAUUAACUAUGGUAUUACUAUGUUCUGAAUUUUACAGAAGUAUGAAGGAGGAAACUAUUUUCACCUACAUUGGGGCUCUUCUUCCUUUAUACACCCCUGACAAAACAGCAAGUAACUAUGCCAAUUGUUUCCAUCAAUUGGUGUAUUAAUUUAUUUCAGGCACGUCUGAACGAAAAGGGGGAGAGACGCUUGUUAAAGGGCACUAUCAUCGAUAUAUAUUUGCGGACUAUAAAGCACAAAAGUAAGAUUUUUUUGCACAAUUUAAUCCUAUAUAAAAGUAUUUUACUGAUUAGGAAAAACUCCCCAAACUCGAAAAGUACAGUAUUUAUAUAUGCCUUUUACAACAAUUAGCAAAAGAAUGUCUUGGCCAUACACUGUUUGAUACUGCAAUCGUGUGUCAAACUACAACGACUAUUUCUAAAUAUUCUUGUCCACUCUCUGCAGCAAAUUUGUACAUCAUGUAUUUGUAAUAUAGUGGUAAUGGUUUGGUGAGGGAAACAUGAUAUGAUAAUAAUACAAGUGCUUUUAGUUAAUAAAGUAUUCUAAUUAAGUUUAUAUGAGAUGGUGACUAAAUCAUUGUUAUAGUUUACUAAUUAACAAUAAAGAUGCCUAUUGCAGAUAAAGUUUUCAUGCAAAGGAAUUGCAUUGAAGAACACUUAAUAGAGCUUAAUAAUGGAAACGAUGUUUAUCUCUGGGAGGUAUGUAGAAAACUUUACGAUUGGUGCUGUAAAGCAAUUAAAUAAAAAUAAUUUAAAUUCCUGUGAAUCCUCUAUUGAGCAUCUGGGGGGUGCCAAUAUAUUUGAGGCAUGUUUUAAGGGUUCUUUAGGUAGAGGUGGGACGUAGUAGGGGGUGCAGGGAUUUUGGUGUAAACUUGCUGUCAUAAACUCAUGCUAUCAUGUAUAUAAUGCAAGGAACUGGGGUGCAGAGUAAAAACAUUCAGGUAUUUGAAGUUGGAGAUCACAGGAACGAAAGACAAGUAAAUUGGUGUGAUUGCAUGGUCACAACUAAAGUAAGGAAAGUCGAUAAAUUAAUUAGUCGGGAUGUUCUUCACUGUAAACGGGUGGUCGAUUGCAAGAGUGACAAAAAAAUUGGGCGAGCGCGUGAUCAGUCAUGGUUGUCAUAUAUUUUACUAAUGAUGAGCGAAAAUUUAGUCGAUUUGAAAUAUUAAAGUUUUUGUUUUCUAGAUCGCACCAAGUAGUAUUAUAUGAUACCAUCAUAAACAGUAUUGCUAGUCUUUGCAAGUUUGGUUCAUAUUAAUUUAAUUUCGAAUGAGUGAAUGUCCGGAUGCUAUGGCUAGGAACUUGAUUCAUGAAAACAUUUAAGAAUGCAAACACAGUAAUAUUCAGUUGUGUAUCAUGAGUCAUGAUCAGUGUAAAUUCGGACAGAGUCACAGGAGUUCCUAAUCCAAUAGACCUUUCCCCUUUUGAGUGAAAUUUUGAUCUAGACGAGUCUGAACAAAAAUUAGAAUCAGUUUGAUCAUCUGAUUAUCAAUUUCCCGUUUGUAAUGCAAAAUGACUGAAAAACGGCAAACUUCGCAGGGCUAUAUUAUCCGCAUUUUACAACAUUUCGCAACGAAACUUCGGAAUAUUACUAAUUUUGUGAUGCUCUUUCAAGCUGUGAUGAAAUUUUUGUCCAGGCAUAUCUAGAUCAAAAUUUCACUCAUAAGGGGAAAGGCAUAGAUAUAGGAGAUCUAGAUUGCUAACGCGUACCUAGCGCAGGUGGGGCCUACAUGAUAAAUCCAAUAUGGCGGGACAACAGGGCAAAAAGACUAUAGAUUCUAUUACGAAAAUCAGGAUUUUUGCAUUUUUUGCCGUCGCAUUGUUUCGAAACUUAUUCGGUCAAAUUUUAUGGUAAAGAGAAACUUACCGCGGAGAUUUUGAGCAUAUAUAUGAUUGAACUGGAUGAAAAAUCGCAAAAUUAUCCAGCGAUAAAAGUUCGUGUGAAAUGGUCAGUUGGUCAGUUGGAGCGUUUUAUUGCCAGAAAUACUGUGCUAUGUUAACAUCUAGCCUUGUGAAUGGUGUUUUAUACUUGCAUCUCUCAUCAUCAUCUGCUCUGUCCUCAUAAUUAUGAAAAAUGAACUGUUAUGUACCCUCCUUGCUUGUUAGAGAAGUAAACUGAUGAGAGCACUGGAUGAGGGUCUAUCAUCUAUGGUCUGUUAUAAUUUGCUUUAUAUGCAAAUAGUGAGCAAAAAUUAAAGCAAAACUGUACAAGUUACAUAUAUAGUACUAUAUCAGUCCUGUACACGAACUUUUAUCGAUGGAUAAUUUUGCGAGUUUUUAUCCAAUUCAAUCAUAUAUAUGCUCAAAAUCUUCGCGGUAAGUUUCUCUUUACCAUAAAAUUUGACCGAAUAAGUUUCAAAACAAUCCAACAGCAAAAAAUGCAAAAAUCCUGAUUUUCGUAAUAGAAUUUAUAGUCUUUUUGCCCUGUUGUACCGCCAUCUUGGAUUUAUCAUGUAGGCCCCGCCUGCGCUAGGUAUGCGUUAGCAAUCUAGAUCUCCUAUAUCUAUGGGGAAAGGUCUAUUUACGACCGAGGGAAGGAACAUCGUGGGCGUGUCAUCUCUCUGGGCGAAUCAGCUUUCGCAAUCUUGUAUCACAUGACUAAUUCAAAUUGUCAUGGGCGGGAAGCAGCAUUACACGUCAUCCCUACGUCAAAAUAAAACGUUAUAAAACGCGUCGAGGAUACGUUUGUGCCAUAUAUGGAAGUUAUGGAUAGGUUUGUGCCAUAUAUGGAAGUGUCACUGCAUCCAGCUUAUGACAACGAUGUUCCUACCCUCUUAUUUUCUCCUAAAUUUUUCUCGCUUGCUUAUUAUUUUGCCAGGAGGGGCGGCAAUGCCGUGUAGUAUGUAGAUUGGGACGAGUAAACAUGGCGGCGGCAGACGAAGCAGAUGUGGAAUUUGUUUCGAAUAUUAAAGAACUAUUUAUGAAACAAAAUAAGAAGUUAUGAAUAUUCUGAUCUUUUAAACAUAAAUAUAAUACAUAAGUAAAUAUAAUACCAUUUCUAACUUUCUAUUUAACAACACUACACCUGUCCUAUUGCCCGUGAUACAUUGAACCACAGAAAAUCUAUUCCCCAGGGGGUUGCCACGAAAUUGCUUUUCUAAGCACUUUUUCGCACAACGGCCCACGGCCUAUUUAUCUUUAAUAUUUACACAUAAUAAAUUAAAAGAGCUCAUUGCAAAAUAAGAGCUCAGAAAAUAUAAAUUUUCAAGUUGUUGAUUUGGAGAUUUUGUGUUUGAUACACGCGGGCUCGUAUCCGUGCCGACGAUUAAACGUAUCCGUGCCGACGAUUAAUCUUUAAUCGGCACACCUGCAUGUGCUAUUAAUGUUUAAUCUGCACGGUUUUUAACCAACUAGAAUCGAGUAAAUUGACUAAAAUGAUAUUAAAAUCAAUUUUACAGGGCAAUUAGAGACACUAAAGACACCAAUGACCUAUAACCUGACAAAUGCCGGCAAUUGCUCGAAACAGCUGUGUUGAAAAAUUCGGACUCAAAUGAACCCAUCUAUACUAAAAUCAAUUUUAUUACUAACAUAUUUAUACACUAACACUUAUAUUUGUGUAUUACGUAAUAUUUCAAAUCCGGCUAUGAGGACUGUACUAUAGAUUUCAAGUACGCGCAGUUUGAUCAAGGUCGAAGCUCUCAUGAUAAAUCGAAACCUGCCUCCUCCGCAGGCCCUCGUUGUGUCAUGGGAAGGUCACGAUUUCGAGAGGGCCUGCGGAAUCUUGUAAAAUGAAUAAAUGUUGUUCUAAACCUGCUUCGUUAAAGAAGGCAUUUUUAUUCGUGCAACGUUUGUGUGGACAACAAACCUUAUCGUUAAAAACUGCUUCCUUCCACGUCCUUAGAGUCGCCAUUUCAAUUUACAAGUUUCAUGCCGCACUUUUAUAGCCUGCUUAUAUUCAAGAUUAUGUAUAAAUUCAUUUGCUGACGUGACGCAGGCCCUCGCCAGAUUAUUUGUGACCUUCCCAUGACGCAACGAGGGCCUGCGGAGGAGGCAGAAUCAAAACUUUAUUUACUACUAUUAUUUAUCUUUUUACUUAAAGUGAGGUAAUUUUGAUCCAGUCCAAGGACUCAAUGAAUUUUGAUCCAGUCUAAUUCUAUUAUUACAUUAACUAUAAGUGAAACAUAGCAAACAGUUUAAAACCUCCAUAGUGUAUAUUAGUAUUUUGUACCAUGCAUGCAGCUCUAGCCUCUUGUGGCAAGUUCAACAUUCUUGCCACUUUGCUUUCACCCAAAACCCAAGUAUUUAAGAUAUCAUAGUCAACACAACAAAGUGGGCAAAGUUUACACCCAUUAGUAUAUAACAUAUACGACAGCCAUGGCUAGCCGCGCUUGCCCCAUUUUUGUACUCCUGCCAAUAUGGAGAAAUCUACCUAGAAAUCUUUUAUUAUAUGUGAGUUCAUCCCUGAGCGAACGGCGCUCCGCGAAGGUACUAAUUUCGCCCGGCCAUUUACCCCUUGGGAAAGGAGAGCAUUAGCAACUUUAACGUUAGCAUUAGUAACUUUAUACUUCAUUAUUAUUAUGAAGUCUAAAGUUCAUCAAUGAUCGCGGGCGUGGGUACUGUGCGUGGGUGGUCAUCCUCACUGAUCUCAAAGUAUAGCGGACUGUCAUGAAUAGCGAACACUUAUUGGUGUCCAAUUUAAAAUUUGCAUUAUAACGACUGCAUGACGACAGCGAAAUAGCAAACAUUUCUUGAUUUGAUGCUUUUUUGCAAAUAUAUUUCAUUUUGGCAAGAUUUUGAAAAUUUCAAAAGCUUCUUGAGAAAAAUCGAAAGAAUUACUAUUAAGAAGUGAACAAAAGCGCUGAGGUAUGUUUGUUUUAAAUAAGGACGAGUGCUAUUUGAGGUGUUUGAAAAACUCACGAGCGCGUGUUUAUUCAAAUUUCACGAGAAACCAUGCUAUUACUUAUUAAUAAUGUACAUAAAAAUGUUUGAGACAAUUGUCGUUUUAACUUACGUUUAUAGCGAACCGUCCACUGGCAAAGUUUUCCUGACUUUGUUAUAUCACAUUAUACAACGCUAACAGCUUGAAAAUUCCUCUCAACUAUUUUUAAAUAGUUUUAAAAGUUUUGUUAGUCUUGUUUAAGGUAAAGGCUUUUCCUUUUAAAGAAAAAAGAUAAAAGCCAUAUUUUCCAUACCGAAGUCAACGUUUACUCCAUGUAGCGGCGCCAUGUUUGUUUUGUUUUGAAGCAAUCUGUGAUCGUUUAAUACUUUUUUAAACUAAACUGCUAUAAACUGAUUGGUUGAUUUUAUCAUGACAUUGUUUUUCCACCAAUCAGUUCAGUUUGUUACAGAUUUUUGCACCGCUGUGAUUACGAAAAUUGCACUGUGAUUACAAAAAAUUGCACUUUGAUUACAGAAAAUUGCAAUGCUGUUUAGGAUCUGCACUGGAAUCAACCAAUCACAGUCGAGUAAUAUUUUUAUGUAUAUUAUUAUACAUAUAACAACAUACCUAACAUAUAUAUGUUUGGGAAAUUGAUAAUUUUGUAAUUAAAAGUGAUAUCGUGUUACCAUGACAACUAUUUUAAAUACUUCAUGUUCGGAAAAUAUAAUGGUUUUAUAUUUAAAGCCGAUCGAGGGUUCUGCAUGCAUGUAUUUUCUAGUAAACUGACGUUCAUUCGAAUGCUUACUGACCUUUUUUAUUUUCUAUAGGCUUACAUAAACUGGACCAAUAUAGUAUAGUACUGCAUGAUGAGUUGUCCAAAAGUUGUGCUUUGAGUAAUCAAAAGCAGUUUCAACUGCUAUCAACAACUCUGUUUAUAUAGUGUAUUUGUUUCUGCUCAAUUUGAGUAUUUCAAGGAUCCAGUCCAGUAGUCCUAGCUUGGGAAGAUGAUGUUAAUAAUUACUUAAGUUUGUAUUCACUUUAUAGUAUAUUUUAUAGGUUAAUUGCCUUGGAUUCAAAAGAUUUGUUCAAUAGCUAUAUCAAUUAUAACAACUUGAACAAAAAUCUUGAUUUCGAAAAGACGUAAUUUCGGUAGGGUUUUAAAAGAAAAUUUCUACGUUGUGUCGUUUUAUUGAUGCUCGCCCAGGGGCUACACUGAUACAGUGACAUCUAUGGGAGAUGACAAAUGUCGUUAUUGUUAUUAGUGUAAAUGUGGUAACUUAAACUCUAUAAUAAUUGUUAUUGGUAAUGGUGGAAUAGUGCGAAGUAGAGUAAGAAUCGGACAUGGUGAGAACCAUGAGCUCUUUGUAUAAGAUGUGGAUUCACAGGACGGUUAUUUUAAAGGAGUUCGGGCGAUCCGUGUUAAACAGUAUUGAUUAAAAUAUAUUUUUAUUUUAUAAAUAAUAAAUUGCAUUAACAACUUUUUUUUUGCUGAAUGUAAUGAAAUAAGAAUUUUAUUUGUUGGCUAGCUCCAACCUCGUACCCCGGGUCUUUCCUCUUGGCGAGGGGAGAAAAGACCCUGAUAGACGCUGGUCACGUGAUCUGCUAAAAUCUAGCAGAUUUGUAAUCGGCAAUCCAAGAUGAGGUCAAUAAAUAUUUGAUAUUUGGAUAAUUUUUAUAGUUUAAUUUAUAAUUUGCUUUUUGUAUGAUUGUCGCAAAAGAAUCCAAGAUAGUUAAUUAGAAAUCUGAUAGAUUUUAGCAGAUCACGUGACCAGGGUCUUUUCUCCACAAGAGGAAGAAAGACCCUGAUUUUCCACAAGAGGAAAGACCCUGGGUACGAGGUUGGGCUACCUCUCUCCCUAUAUCGUAAUCUUAGUUCAGUUUUCAAUACAAAAAAUUGAAUAAAUAAAGAAAAGUGUUUUCUGAAGAUGACUGCAUGCAGUAAUUCAAAUUUAAUUAUCCUAUUGCUUCUAUUUUAAUGGUGUGUACUUUUAUCGUAAUAUAUAACAUAUAGGAAUAUGUUUUUCUCAUGCUCCAGGCGACGGUAGCGGAAAUCAUACAUGUGCUGGGAAAGAAACGAAACGCUAUCAAGGCACCAUGCUGGGAAGAAACUGUGGCAUGCAGCAUUUAAAAGUCAAAAUCAUAACAACAAGAAAGGUACUAUAAAUAAACCGUAUUCGCGGAUAUAUUUACAUUAGAAACAAUUGGAUCAUAACACUGUAAUUGGGACUUGUCGAGAAAGAAUUAAUCACCUCCAAUUCAUUUCGAAAAUAUAAUUAUUUUAGUAUAAAUAAAGGAUGAAAAGGGUGAGAAAACGGAAAUUUGCCGCAGUGUUCUGAUACGGGCUUUAAUAGCCGCAUAUUCAAAUGUAAAUUGCGGUGACAAAGCCAAAAGCUGUUUAUCCCUCUACCCAAAAGCACUAAAAGUCCCCACAAAAAAAACAUUUAAUGCAAACACCAUGCAAGUAAGAAUUUUGACUAAAUAUUGUGUUUCUAUUGAGAAAACAAGGAAUUUAAUUAUACCAAUUUUGCGUGUGAAUGUAGGUUGCAUAGAAAUGGCAGCGGACAUGUGACUUCUUUGCAAAUCUGGCUCUAAAAAACAAAUGCUGUUUUAAUUUAAAAAUAAACCUUUUAUAAGAAAUAUGUGUGUGAAAAUAUAACUUUUGUUCUCAAGCGAAUUUGGUAACCUAAUAUUUAGAUACUAAAUUUAGUUCUAAAAGGAUAAAAUAAAGUCUAAUAUAAAAAUAAACUUGGUUGUUUGUCAAACUAGAGUAAACACCGGUAAAGUCAAGUAGUGCAACAGUUAAUUAGCUGCAACCGUUUUUUUUUUGUUUUUUGUGCCAAGGGAUAGGGGAAAUUCAAGUCAAUUCGCUAAAAAGUUCUCUUCACAAUUGCAUCUCUCAUCAGAUCAAGCAAGCCAAAAUCCCACGCGCUGGAAUCUUAAACCCAUACACAUACUUCCGCUCAUACUCGAUCCUACAAGCGUGCCCUUGGCAUCUGACCCGCAUCACAAUAAGGCGAGAUCUCGCCUUGGUAUGAAACCCGUGUACCGAGAUCUCGCCUGUCAAAUACCGAGAUCUCGCUUGUUGACAGGCGAGAUCUCGGUGCCCGGGAUAAUGUUUUUCCCAUGCGAACACAACUUACCCGCUUGGCGGGAUAACUUCCUGUCGUGUCAGCAAUUUUUUAAUUCAAUUGAUGUUCAGUGCCACGUCACAGCCGGAAACGUUACCGGGUAAGCGGGGCAACGUUUCUCCAUAUGAGCAGAACAAAAAUAUUUGGCUAGCCGAAAUGUUUUCUCGUUAACCGGGGAUAACUUUUGCCCAUAUGAACAGGCCCUAAAAAUUCAAAAUGCCAUGACCAUGUUACAUUCCAUUUUCUCUGACGAGUUUUUUCAACCAUGCAGCCGGCCAAUUACGUGCAGAGUUCGUGCAUGAUAGCCCUUUUCCCUACUUUGCGAGGUAACUUGCUAAAUUGCGCUUGUAUGGACGGGGUAGUCCGGUUAACCCUUUUAAAGCAAGAUCGUUUAACCUUACUUAGAUUGAAAAUUUUCUGCAGAUAAAUAAUCGUUGCUAGAUUUUAAUCGAUUGUCUAUAUGCUGCAUUAUAUUCCUUACUUACGCGAUAAUUGUUUGUUGCUUGUAAUUACAUUCAGCAUUCGCUUGUAGGCUACAUCCGCUAAAUUAAGCAGGCUAACCUAACCCAAAUAGGCCGGUUCAUGUAAUCAGCCUCUAAAAAUGCUCGGAAAGCUGUGAAGCUACAGAUAUAGAUCUCAGAAUUAACAAAAGGAAACUUGGAUUCAUAAGUACCAAAGUGAAAUCUAAGUUGCGCCAAACAACGGCGCGAACAACUUCAGAAAGCAUGAUAAAGAACGCUAGUGGUUGUGGAUAUAUAAUAGCGCUAUCCGGGCUUCGUACACGCAAAACCACUUUAAAAUGAAAUAUAUAUAAUGAAUUUAACUGAUGCAGGGCUCUAUUUUUCUAGAGCACACUUAGGACCAUUGCAAAACAAAAAGAGGACCAAGACGGCAACGAUGUCUUUAACCUUGAUGAAAUGUAUGUAUAAUACACUUACAGCACUGUAAUAUGCCAAUGCAUGUGAUCAUAUCUAGCAGCAAAAACACGGCCACGGGUGUCGCAUACUAAAAUUAGUAAAAUUACAAAGUUUGUUUGCUAAAUGUUGUAAAAUGAGGAAAAUAUAGCCUUGCAAAGUUCGCAAAUUUUGUAUACUUUUGUAUUGCUUGCGGAAAUUCCUACCACAUUCCUACCACAUUUAGGCCGAAAAUGUCGCACGCAAUACAAAAGUAUACAAAAUUUGCAAACUUUGCAAGGCCAUAUUUUCCACAUUUUACAACAUUUCGCAACCAAUCUAAUUGCCUAGUUUUAAAAUUAGUCUAUAAUGGGAAUUGUCUAUUGUUCUCUCGAUCUGGUCAACCUGUUGAAGUCGUAUUAGACGGUGGUUCCCAGUUUACUUGCAAGGCCUGUGCAACGCUUGUUGAAAGUUGGAAUUUUAUACACACUGUAUCUUCUCCUACUCACGCUCAGUCCAAUGGCAAAGCCGAAGCCGCGGUAAAGAAUGUCAAGAAGCUCCUCAAAAAGUGUGGCUCUAUGAAUGACCAAUUUUGGAAAGGUCUGCUGGCAAUUCGAAAUACUCCUCUCUUAUGUGGUAAGAGUCCUGCAGAAUUGCUGUUUGGCAGAACACUCCACGAUUCCCUCCCUCGUUAUCAAGGGAGAAAGAGAAAGAUUACCCCGUUACCUCCUCUCCAGACUGGUACCCGUGUAGCUAUUCGUUCCCGCGUCGAUUUCGAUUGGUCACUACUUGGAACCAUUGCUGAAAUUAAACCGAAUCGCACCUACAUAGUAUUAACCGACCAAGGAUCGACACUCACCCGUAAUCGAAGAUAUCUAAGACCUGCAUCUUCCCCUGCUGGUAACAAUACGUCUGAAGCGAAUGACGAACAGAAUCCAAACCCAACAACUAAUCCAUUGGGAGGAAGGCAUGUGGGACUACGCGAUCCAUAUAAUUUAAGAAAGAGAUGUCCUAAAAACUGAACUUGUGAAAGGACUAUUAUAUUACUUAAUGUUGACGUUGUGUUCUUACUGUUAACUAACUAAUUGAUAUAGCGAAGAAUAUUAACUUUUGAUAACUUUAUAUAUGAAAGGAAAGGAGAUGUGGUAUUAUUGCUUUUACAUUAUGUUACAUGAAGUACUCAUACUUCUAUAAUAUAUUAGGAACAUUGUAAAUAAUUAGAUAUAAAUUAUAAUAAAUUAUUCUAAAAUACAACAGUGUUGAUUUCCGGAGGGGGGCAUGGUGUUCAUGGUCUCAGGGAGGUGUUGGUGUUGAUUUCCGAGGGCGCAUGGUGUUGAUGGUCUCAGUGUCCUCAGGGGGGUGUUGGUGUUGGUGUUGAGUUCCGGACGGGGGGGGGCAUGGUGUUGAUAGUCUCAGUGUUCUCAGGGGAGGUGUUGGUUUCAGGGGGGAGAGUGGCAUUUUCAAUGUGUAAUGAUUAAACAAACGCUUGUUGCUCAUGCAAAAACAAGUUUAUCUUUCUGAUGCAAUUGUAAACUGCUCUGAUAAUGGCAUCGACUUCUUCUUGGAUUAGGUUAACUUGCUCUUGUGUUUCAAUCGAGCCAAGUUUUGCCAUGUUAUCACAUAUUAUGUUCAAAAUUGACUGUAGAUCACUCUUAUAAAGUAAAAGUUGUAAAGCUCUUACAUUCACAUUAUCCAGUUUAAAACUCUCAUCAACGACUGUGAUUAGUUCACGAAUUCUACAAAUGUCAUUCUUUAGGGCAACUUUGACAGGCUUUUGUGUCUAGCCUUUUGUUCGAUUGUUGUCUUUACACUAACAAAUACACUCCUAGCUUCUUGAUAGCAGCUUUUUACAUUGUCUCUGUAAGUCCUAAUGUCUUCACCAUUAACUACACGGUGUUCAGCGUAUUUUUCGUCAGAUACAAUGAGUUCGUAUUCCUCAUUUAUAACAAAAUCAUCAAAUACCUUUUCAAGUUCGAA